AUGAAGGCUUCCAAGGAAAGUUCUUUCCUUCUCUGCUCUCACACCCAAGACCAACAGCUUGUCAAGGGUGAGGAAAUGGUGAACACCUUAGGGUAGAGGCUUAACAGAUGAAAAAUUUAAAUCAACUGAAAUAAUAACUUCCUGCUCAACCCUCUGUAAAUAUUUACUGUGCUCUUGGCACAAAGCCUUUCCAAGAAGAUCCAGGUGUGGCCACUCUCACCAUAAAUAGGGAGCCAGCACUCGCUCUCGCUGAGGCUUCGCUGGAGGUGCCUGCCUGUCAGGAGUUCUGCUUCUCACAAUGAAAGCUCUGCUGGGCAGUCUGCUGUUCCUUGCCACCUUGGUGACGGCAUGCAAGGCAGUGUGCUUUCUCGAACUACGUAAGGCACUUCCAGACCAACCGCUUGGUGACUGCGUGGAUCCUGAUGGUACCAAACACCCCCUGGAGUCUUCCUGGGUGAAGGACUGUAAUAGGUGUUUCUGUGGACCAGAUUCAAUCAGCUGCUGCAGCCUAACCAGUAUACCCCAAGGCUACGACAAAGAGAAGUGUCAGCAAGUUUUCCACCCAGAGAACUGCACCUACAGCGUAGUGGAGAAGGCGAACCCAGGAAAGUCCUGUCCUGUUCCUGCCUGGGUACUGUAAAUGAGCUUCCUGUGGGCUCAAACGUUGAGCCGCAUUUGAAUAUUUGUAUGAUGUAAAUGUAUCAGUUAUAGGCUGGGUGGCGGCGGCUUAUCAUCCCAGCGCUCGGAAGCAGAGGCAGGCGGAUCUCAGGCCAGCCUGGUCUAUGGAGGGCAACACAGAGAAACCCUGUCUUCAAAAAUGCAAAUAAAUAAAUAAAUUUGCCAGUUAUGUUUGUAUGAACUUAAUGUAUGUUAUAAAGCAAACAAACACAUAAAGGAGACAAAAAGAAAACCAAACAUGUUUAAAAAAAAUCAACUCAACAACACCAAUUACAAAUUACAGUCUUUUCCCUGGGCUCAAAUGGGUUACAAGCACGGUGCUUCCCUCUGGGGCCCAUGUCCAUUUCUACCACUUCUGCAGUGUUGAGUUCUUCUGACUGUCUCCUGCUGCCGGUUUAUAAUGGGAAAAAAGCAUGUGUUCAUGAUGAAACCGGCCUUCUUUGCCUCGGUACUCCCAUGCAUCCUUCCUUCCACUCACUCAGGCAUCUCCUCUCAGGCGUGUCCCCACAUCCCUCUGUGUUUGCAUAAGGUUGGGACAGGUUAGAGACAGCCAGAGAAGGUGCCCUCCAGACCUCUUGCUGGCUGCCAGCAAAUCAGAUGCCAGGCUCCUGUGGAUGGUGGGGACCAGCUCUAGGAUCAGUUAUGUGUACCACACACAGCCCACCUAAAAUUGACUUGAAAGGGUGACAACACUGACUCUGAUGUUUAUCUUCUCCAUACUGUGUAAAACAUUGUAGCACUUCCCCUAAGUUAAAAUGUAUUACCCAGCAUUUGUUAGUGUUCCUUCAGUGGAGACAGACUGCUCUGCAGGUUCUAUUGCUGUGA